AUGGAAAACGGUACGUAUCCCCCUUAUUUUAACCUCACCAUGUUUGUGAACAUAGGCAUCUACCGGUACCCAGCAUUUGUCCUGUGUCUCCUCUUGUAUGCUGUCAUUAUCUCUGCUAAUCUUGUCAUAAUACUGGAAAUAUCACAAGAGAAAGCGUUACAUAAACCCAUGUAUAUUUUUAUUAUGUGUCUUUCUAUUAACUCUCUGUACGGUUCUGCUGGUUUCUUUUUCAGAUUUUUGAGAGACCUUCUGUCUAAUACGCAUUUGAUCCCACGAUCAGCUUGUUUCAUUCAGAUCUAUGUCAUUUACACCUAUGCAUCCUAUGAGCUAUUACUUUUAGCAGUCAUGGCUUAUGACCGGUAUGUUGCUGUUUGUCAACCUUUGCACUAUCACAGCAAAAUGACAUCAAAGAUGAUCUCUAAGUUGGUUGCCUUUGCAUGGAUCUUUCCCAUAUUUUCUGUUGGAGCUUGUGUUUAUCUGGCCAGAGGACUUCCAUUGUGUGGCAAUAAGAUACCUAAGGUAUUCUGUGCCAAUUGGCCUGUUGUAAAAUUGGCUUGUAUCAGUACUGUGCUUAACAACCUUGUUGGAAUGUUGAUGACUACAACGACAGUCAUUCUGCCCCUGGCUUUUGUCUUGUAUACAUAUUUACGCAUUUGUGUUAUUUGUUGGAAAAACUCUUUAGAGUUCAAGAGCAAAGUCAUACAAAGCUGUAUGCCACACAUUGUUACAUUUGUCAAUUUUUCAAUUUCUUUGUUUUGUGAUAUUGCUCUCAGCAGGAUAGACGUUGAAAUAAUAAAUCCAUUUUUAGGAGUAUUUUUAUCACUUGAAUUUGUUUUGAUUCCGCCCAUUCUAAAUCCCUUUGUAUAUGGCCUGAAAUUGCCAGAAAUAAGAAAAUGUUUGUCACGUAGGUUUUUAUGCUCUAAACCUGUUAGGAUUUAA